UCAAGAUACAGUUACCCACUUUCAACUAUAAUAUCUGAACCAACCAACAACACCCUCCCCCGUUUUUUCCUCUCUCCUCUUACUAUCACUAUUCACUUAUUAUUAUCAUCUUCCUCGGCCUCCUCUGUAAUCUUUGCAAUUUAUUUGGAUAGGCUGUAUGGCUGAGGAGGAGCCUAAGAAGCUGGAAUCGGAAACCCCCUCGGAGCCUCCACCUCCUGCUCCCGCAACUGAAGCUGUUGAACCUCCUAAAGAUGUGGCUGAGGAGAAAUCUGUAAUUCCUCCGCCUACGGAGGAGAAGGGCGACGACUCCAAAGUGCUUGUUGCUGUUGAAAAGGCUCCGGAAUCUGCUGAGGCUAAGAGCACCGAGGGAUCUGUGAAUCGAGGUAUUGCUUCAAAUGUUAACAUUCGCUGGAUUAUCACUCUUUUUUUCUCUCCCCUUUUAAAUAUCUGCUGUAGUCUUUUAGUUGUUGAAAUAACUAGCUUCUGUUUUGGCAUAGAUGCUGUGCUUGCUAGGGUUGAAACAGAGAAGAGGAUUUCACUUAUUAAAGCAUGGGAAGAGAGUGAAAAGAGCAAAGCAGAAAACAAAGCUCACAAAAAGCUGUCCGCCAUCGCCUCAUGGGAGAACAGCAAGAAAGCAUCUGUAGAGGCUGAGUUGAGGCAUAUUGAGGAGAAAUUGGAGAAGACGAAGGCAGAAUAUGUGGAGAAGAUGAAAAACAAAAUAGCACUAAUCCACAAGGCAGCAGAAGAGAAAAGGGCAAUGAUUGAAGCUAAACGUGGUGAAGAUCUUCUGAAGGCAGAGGAGAUUGCAGCGAAGUAUCGUGCCACUGGAACUGCUCCAAAGAAGCUACUUGGAUGUUUUUAGACGUGAAUACUCAGGUUUGAAUGAACAUUGUAUUAUUUGUGUAUUUAUAUGUGAGUUUAUUCGUUAAUUAUGUUUGUUCUGUUCAUAGAAGAGGUUGCCCAAAUGUUCAAUUAUUGCAUGCAAAUGUUGAUGCAUUCGUGUAUAUAUACCAUUUGGUAUUGUUUGGAAGCUUAACUUAUUGAAUUUGUAAAAACUGAUUGUAUGAAUCAUCUAGCUAUUAUACGAAACUUACAUAUGCUUCA